GAACCGGAAGAUGCCCUUAAAAAACGUGGCGGUAGCCUAGCUUCACCAGAGUUGCCUCAGUAGCUCAUGAAACUUGCCCUAGACUUCGGCCACCCACCGGCCAGAAAAGAAGACGCCGUCCGGUCCACUUUAAGUUCAUCGAGGACAGCACAAUCUGCCCUCAACUAUAAUGGCGGCAGUGCCCAAUUGGCUUCUUACCCCUAGGCAUGAUGGCCGCCAGGCGGCUUCACUUAGUUUCUCACCACCCCGGAAGACCGGGACCGGCGAUUGGGCGGUGCCCAGAGGCUCUGAGAAGAAGGUCUUCGGCGGUUGGGCAGUGCUGGGUAAGGCUAGUUUUAAAGGAGCCGGAGGUGGGAGCCGUCGAAGACCCGGGAUCUGCGGGAGGCGGCGCACUCCUGGCCGGCAGCGUCUGUGCCGCCAACCCCUUGCUGGAGCAUUAUGGGGAGCCAAGAGCCCAAAACGGCCGAAACUGCAGCCUCUCGGGGCCCCUUCGCCCUUGGAAAAAGCCUCUCGGCGGGUCCUGGCCGUGGUCCUGGAAGAUGUCAUGGCUGCCCGCAUGGUCCCCCUGGCGUCCCAAGAAGAGAAUUCCACCCCAUGGCACCACAGCAACCGUCGGGAUUCUGUUCACAGCCAGCCACCUGCCUCACCACCCCGGCAGGCCACAUGGUCCCCACAAGCCAGGCCUCCCGACCCACUGCACCUAUGUCGAGAGCCCUUGAGCCGUGUCCAUCGGCCCCCUUCCACCCCAAGGCGGCGAUCAAGGACAACACCUGGCCCAGAGGAGGGCCCUUCACAAAAAGUGGACCAGGUGCACCAGCCCACCCUGGUGGUGAUGCUACAGGACAUUGCCAGCUCCAGACCCCGAGCUGAGGGCUUUGCUGAUGAGGCUCCCAACUUCAUCGUCCCAGCGAGAAGAGCUGAGCCCAAGGUGAUGGUUCACCAGCCAAAGCCUCCGUCCAAGGACCUGCCAGCCCCAUCCCAUCCAUCUGCCCUGUCUGCAAACCCUCUGGCGAGCCCACCACCAGCCCCAGAUCCUGUUCUGGAGCCCCCAUCGAUCCCACCGCCGUCCAGCCUUUUACGCCCCCGCCUCAGUCCCUGGGGCUUGGCCCCCCUCUUCCAUUCCGUCCGCUCCAAGCUGGAGAGCUUUGCUGACAUCUUCCUCACACCCAACAAAGCCCCGCAGCCCCCGCCCCCAUCACCCCCCAUGAAGUUGGAGUUGAAGAUUGCCAUCUCAGAGGCCGGGCAGUCCGGGGCUGCUGAGGGCACUGUGGCAGUCAGUCCCCGGCCCCCUAUCCGCCAAUGGCGGACCCAAGACCAGAACCCCCCAGCACCUCUCACUAAGCCCUCUCUGGGCCGAAGCCACUCCUGCCCUGACCUGGGGCCCCCUGGCCCAGAUCCCUGCAGCUGGCCCCCUGUUCCAACCCCCCCAAGCUGGCCACGGCCUCGGCGGCACACGGUGGGUGGUGGAGAGAUGGCCAAAGCCCCACCACCCCCUCGGCCCUGUCUCCGGAAAGAGGUCUUCCCUCUUGGAGGAGUGGGAGGCUCUCCUCCCCUCGUCACAUCUUGCUCGUCUACUGCAUCCACCUCUUCCUUCUCUGAACCUGCAGAACCCAGGUUGAGCUCAACCAAGAGAAAGGAGCCAAGGGCCCCAGAAGACCAGGUGCUUUCAGACCCCGAGACCAAGACCAUUGGGAAGGUUUCUCGAUUCAGAAUACGCAGGACACCGGCCCGUUCUCAAAUAAACCUCACACCAAUGGGGCUGCCUCGGCCAGUCAGGUUGAACAAGAAGGAGUUCAGCUUGGAAGAAAUUUACACCAACAAGAAUUACCAGUCACCCACAACCAGGAGGACCUUUGAAACCAUCUUUGAGGAACCUCGGGAGCGCAAUGGGACUCUGAUUUUCACCAGCUCAAGGAAGCUCCGGCGGACUGUAGAAUUUCGGGACAGCAGUCUUCCUCGAUCCCGGCGGCCAUCUCGAGGGGCCCGGGCUGCAGCUGGCAGGACCCUUCCUCCCAAUCUGGCCCCCAGCCCAGAUGUAGAACCCCUGCUGCAACAGCGACUCCAGGAGCUGGAUGCCUCACUCCUGGAGGAGGAGGAGGAGGAGGAAGGGGAUCAAGAUCGGCCCUAUCGGACUUAGAAGCUCCAUCUGUUUGUCUGUCCAUGCGUCCUAGGGGGGUGGGGGAGGAGUCUCUGAGGCAGUUAUAAUUUUUUCGCUAUAUUUCUAGUAAAGUUUUCAAUAUGUUUCUGA